AUGCACUCCCGUGCCAGUUUAUUCUGCCCGGUCGACAACACCACACACCUCUUCAACAACCACCAAACCAGCAAGGCCAUGACUAUCAUUACUAUAAUUCCCACAAUGGUCGGCCAGGUUAUUAUAGCAACCAAAUUCUCUCUCCAGGCCGAAUUCGGCGUACCUAUCUUACCUAACUCCGACUUCAACCGUCCAAGUAUUAGCUACCAUAUCGAGCAUCGUCAGUACCACGAGCCUCCUCUCGUCCAUGUCUGCAAAGAGAUGGAGAGAAUAAUUCGUCUUAAUCAUUCUCUUAUUGUUUUUAGCGGGUGGUUACAUCUUGAAGCGAUACCUCAAAAUAUUUUUUACACCACCACCAGCGCCGUGCAUGCAUGGGGUCGUCCACAGUUCACCAGCACUGAUGAUAAAUGCACAGCUAGUCCCAGACCGUCACUCAUUCACCAUAGCCACUCUAAUGUGAUUUCAUCCUCUUCUUCCCAUUCACUCAGUCCUUCUUCUUCCCUAAGGUUAGGCUCAAUCCCUGCUUCCUUAGAAUGUCUUGCUGGGGUCCGAUUUACCUCCCUCAGCCUUCGAAAGCUAACCAGUGACACUGAAGCUCCAGUAUCGACAAGGGUCUUCACCUUCUUGUCUCCCAGCAACACAUUACAGGUGAAGUCUGGCGCUUCCUUCAGCAAACGGUAUAACUGUGCCUUUCUCCUUCCCGUAUGUUCUCUCCCUUCCUCUCGCUUUCUCGACAACCGAGUUGUGGGAGUCGCAACCCAUUUCUCUCCUCUAUUCGAGUUAGGGUUGUUCCGUUCGGUGUGGUUCAUCUUUCUCCUGCGAGGACAGGUUCGUCUCAGGUCACCCGCUCCUCCACAGCGCCAACGCCUUUGCUCCUUACAACUUGCCAAAAAGUGCCUAAACACACCACAUGUCCAGCAUCUCAGAAGUCUUACUUACACUGGGGCCACCCUGUCUCUUACUUUUUCACGGGUGGUCCAACGGCGUUUCCCGGACCCUUUUCCUUCUCAGUAG